AUGUCAUCAGUGCCUGAUUCCGUUUCAAAGAGCCUGAAGACAAGUCCGCCUAGCCGUGAAGAGCUUCCUCCUGGUUGGAAGCGUGUGGAAUCCAGGACAAAGCCGGGUACGUACUACUAUGCGCAUCCUGCAAGCAACCGCACGCAGGUGACGCCACCCCAAGGAGCCAAACAAGUUCCGGCAAACUUGCCAAACGGUGGUCAGAAGCAAGCUGCGGCGUGCGCAUCACCGAAGGAAAUGGUGGAGGACGAAGGUGUGCAGACAAAAGCUCAUGAAGAGAAGGAGCAGCGAAAAAGGAAGCAUCAGCAAGUGGAAGAGGAGGCAGAAGCCGAACAGGAGAUGGUGGAGGAGGAGCUCAAGCGAAUUAAAGCAGCCAAGAAGGCUAAGGAGCUCGAGCAGAAGCGCAAGAAGGAGGAGGAGCAAAGAUUAGAGCAACUCCGCAAGGAGGAGGCUUUGAGGUUGGAAAAAGAGCGCUUGCGAAGAGAGGAGGAGGAACGCAAGCGACAGCAAGAAUUGGAGGCCUUGGCAGAGGAGCGUCGGAAGCGAGAGGCCGAAGCCCGGAAGAAGGACCAAGAAGCGCAGCGAAGAAAGGCAAUGGUCUUUGAGCAGCACUCCAUCCUGCAAAGGAAGCUUGCUGAAGAUGCGAGAAAGAAGGCAGAGGAGGAUGCGAAAAAGCGCCAGGCGGAAGAGGAGGAGAACCGCAAGAAAGCCGAAGAGAAACAGCAAAACGCAAGCCAGGAGCCCCCCAAAGAAGAGGAGGACGAGGCAGCCCGUAAGGAGAAGAUCGCAAAGCGAGAGGCGAAGGUCUGGAAUCAGCAGAUUCCGGAGCCUUCGGAUCCCGUUCUUGAGCCUUGCUUUGAUGUAUACAAGAAUGGAAAGCUGGUGCGCACUCAUCACCUGGCUGGUGAGAAAAGCAGCUGGAUCAUAGGUCGGGGCCCGGCGGGAGUGGACAUUGCAAUCGGCAAUAAUCGAAUCUCACGGAAGCAUGCCGAGAUUUCUUGCCAGACGCCAUUGAUGUUCUUGACUGACCUGGGGUCAACCUAUGGCUCAGCGAUGAAUGCAGAGAACCUGGAGAAGAAUCAGCCAGUGGAGCUGGUCGACGGGGCCAGGUUCCGCUUCGGGGGCUUGCCGGAGCUGUAUGUGUACCGUGAGCCGCCUGCAGCCGAAGAAGCUGAGGAACCUUCCUCACCCCCUGUCGUUGCCGAGGUGUCAGGCAUGGCGACAGCCGAGGAUGGCCCCGACCUGCCGCAGGUGCCGCCUGCAGAGACUGCCGCGCCAGCGAUCGACGCCGAAGCAGCGGCGGCAGCAUCAGCCGCCGCCCGGGCAGCGGCAGAAGCUGAGGAUGAAGCGCGGGUCCAGCGCAUCCAACAAAAGCGGCAGGAGCGCAAAGCAGCUCAGGAGGCAGAGCGCGCGGUGGCCGCAGCCAAAAAGGAGGAGGAGAAGAAGCAGAAGCAGGAGCGGAUCCAGAAAAAACGUGCGGCCAAGGAAGCGAAAGUUGCCAAAAGGGCAGCUCGAGCUGCUGCGGCCAAGUCAGCUGCAGCUGCAGGUUCCAACCCCCUGAACCUGGGUGAUGCCACUCCUCCAGAUGCGGCCCUACCGGAUGCAGCCACUGCCUCGCCACCGGAUCCUUCACCGCCGGCCAGUCCGAAGAGUGCGAAGUCUGAUAAGAGUGAUGAGGCAGAUGCAGAGAAGUCUCCUGAUCUUGAACAUGCUGAGGAGGGGGCCGACAAGUCAGUGGACUGCUCCUUCUUUUGA